AUGCACGCCAAGCGGAGAGCAGCGGCGGUGCGCAUUCAAGCCCGGUGGCGCGGGUGCCUUGCACGCAAAGCGUUCAAGCCGCUGUGGAGCAGUCGUCACCUGGCCAAGCUGAGACCCGUCGAAUCGGCUCCUCUUUCGCACUUGCAAUUGGGCAAGCCGGCGCCCAACUCGCCCACCAUCCGUCGGCGAACGCCCUCGCGCGGCCAUCACAAGAAGACUAAGUCCAUCACCAGGAACGAGGCCGCCUGCUUGAUUUCGACUGAGGCCGAAGAACCACCGGCGCCAGCGCCGUCUGCGGCCAAGCCGGCAGUAGGCCACGUAGAACGAGCAGCCACGCCACCUGCGCCAGUCGCAGUCGCAGUUGCCGGCGCCACCCCGAAGGAGCAGAAGACCAGCGAGCCGGGCGUUGAGGAGCCGAAACGCAUUCGGCUCGUGCCUCUGGGGGCGCCUGGCUUUGCCUUUGACCCAACCCAGGUGACACUGCGCAAGGCGCCGGUGACGCGACCGGAGGGAGGAGCGGCUGGAAGCCCAGGUGGUGCGGUGGCGAUGGCGAACCUGCGAGAGUCGCUCAAGAAGCCGCUGGGCCAGGACGAGCCCGUGAAGACGGGCAUGGUGUCCGAGGAGGAGUCGUCCGUGCUCAAGGUCCUCCGCCGGCACAGUGCGCAGGACAUGAAGACUCUGCUCGUGCCCAAGCAGGACACCGGCACCGUCCUGCGCCGCAAAGCGAGUCGCGAGGCGCCGGACGACCUGAGCCGCUCCGCCUCCCACUUCACUUUUGCGCUGCCGUCGACGGAGGCUCGCGUGGCGGCGUUGCACCAGUCGCUCGGGGGCGCUCGACCGACGCCGGUCGUGCCGAUGGCAAAGAUGGUGAGCAACGACCUGUUCAGCUCGGCCAACCUGCCGAAGAGGGUCAGCUUCUCCAAGAACGCUUCUCCGAGAAGCACCGUGAACUUGCGCGGACGGCAGCCAGGCGCAGCCGAGUCCCCGUCAGGCCUGGCUGGCCAACCCACCCUGCAGGACACUACCGAAGCAGCAAAGCUACAGGCUAACGUCGCAGCGGGGCAGACCCAGCAUUUCGACUCGCCUCUGCCAUCGUUGGAGUCCUCCCCGUCGGGCUCGCCCAGCGAGGGCUCGCCCAUAGCCGCAAGGCUUAGCAGCCCGAUGCCCCAACGCCCGCUCGGCGCACCGCCUGCGACCCCGCCGACCCCAGCCUCGUCGGCGAGCGUCUUCACGCCGGCACAUCCGCGGACCAAGUCGGGCUCGUUCGCUCCGCUGAUGGGCCGGCGAGGAGCUCUCAUGGGCAGCACAAGUUCCAUUGCUUCCUCGUCCGCUUCUGCCCAGCCGCAUGAUUGGCCGCAGCGCAGAAAAUCCGCAUCAGAGCUGCUCUUGGUCUUCUUCAAGAAGCGGAAGACGAAGGAGGAGCUCAUCGAAAGAGGCAUCUUUGUGGAGGUGGAUGGCGAACCUGGCGGCGAUCAGGUGGGGCGUCUUCAGGCACAGCGCGAGUGCACCGUCUGCAAGGAGUCCGUACGGGCAUCGCUCUUCAAAAGCCAGCACAAGGUGUGCCCGCGAUGCAAGGCGUCGGUUUGUAAAAAAUGUGUGACCAAGCGGAAGUACCCGCUGCCCGGCUGGAAGGACAAGCGGGCCGUGUGUCUCCUCUGCCUUCCAGAGGUGGACAAGACUUUUGAGUGA